AGCUGUCUGUUUACCUGUUACUUUUUCUUAAGUGUUUGACAGUUAACCCGGAGCUCAGAGACAGUUUGUCAGAGUGAAGAUAGUUAAAUGCUGCUGUUGACGAGCUGAGCUCAGAGACUCAUGAUGCCUUCACUGUCUCUGAACGGAGUGACGGUGAAUUUCCCCUUCCCUCCGUAUGACUGUCAGAAGGACUACAUGCAGAAAGUGCUUCAGUGUCUUCAGGAGAGGGUCAAUGGGGUCCUGGAGAGUCCCACAGGUACUGGUAAAACCCUGUGCCUGCUGUGUGCCACCCUGGCCUGGAGGGAAAACUUCAAGGACACCAUCUCUGCCCGCAAGAUAGCACAGAGGCUGGGCGGGGAGGAGAUGUUCCCCGACACACCCCUGUCAUCCUGGGGGACAGCUGCUACUGACGGGGACACGCCAACCUUUUACACCGACAUUCCCAAGAUCAUAUAUGCAUCCAGGACGCACUCCCAGCUCACGCAGGUUGUCAAUGAGUUAAAGAACACGUCAUACAGACCUAAGGUGUGUGUGUUGGGAUCAAGAGAGCAGCUGUGUAUCAACCCAGAAGUGAUGCGUCAGGACAGCAAUCAUGUCAAGGUUCACAUGUGCAGAGCAAAGGUCUCGACCAGGUCAUGUGUCUACUACAAUAAUGUUGACGAGAAAAGCACUGACAGAGACUUGACGAAUUCUAUCCUUGACAUGGAAGACCUGGUCAAGUUUGGCAACAAAAACAGGGUCUGCCCUUACUACCUCUCCCGGUCCAUGAAAACGCAGGCAGAUGUGAUUUUCAUGCCGUACAACUACCUGCUGGAUCCAAAGAGCCGCAGAGCGCACAAUAUUGAGCUGAAUGGAGCUGUUGUUAUCUUUGAUGAGGCUCACAACGUGGAGAAGACGUGUGAAGAGUCCACAUCAUUUGACCUGACUCCCUAUGAUAUAGCCUCAGCCAUCAGCGCUGUGGACAGACUGCUGGUGGAGCAGGCUAAAGAAGCCAGCAGCAGAGACUCUAUCUCUCAAGACUUCAACGUGGAGUCCCUCAACUCUGGUUUAAAAAUAGAAAUAGACACCAUCGCAAAAAUCAAGCAGAUUCUGCUGGAUCUGGAGGCUGCCAUCGAUUCCUACGAGCUUCCAAGUGACAAAGGCAUCACAAAACCUGGAAUCUUCAUCUAUGAGCUGUUAGAGAGAGCCCACCUGACCUACAGCAGCAAGACGGCCGUCUAUGAAGCUCUGGAUCAGAUCACUGGAUACUUAGCAGGACAGUCUGGAAUAUUCCUCAAUACAAGUGGACUGCAGAAGCUGUCUGAUAUCAUACAGUUGGUGUUCUGUGGUGAACCAUCAGAAAAGGACAGACAGCAGCAGAUGCAGUCCAACACGGCUCAUUUUAAGGUUCAUAUCCAUCAGGACACCAGCCAUCACAAGAAAAAACAGAACACCGAUGUGUGGGGGCCCUCCAUGUCAAAGAAACAAGGCAACAUUCUGAGUUACUGGUGCUUCUCUCCUGGCUUCAGCAUGCAGGACCUGGUCAAUCAAGGUGUUCGCUGCAUCAUUCUGACCAGCGGGACUCUGUCUCCUCUGUCCUCCUUCACCUCUGAGAUGAGGAUAAAAUUCCCUGUGAGUCUGGAGAACAGCCAUGUGAUAGAGCGGGACCAGAUCUUUGUUAGCGUUGUUGAACAGGGUCCAGAUGAUGUGCGGUUAAGUUCAGCAUUUGAUAGAAGGUUUGUUCCUGAAAACAUGUCAUCGUUGGGCAGCACUGUUGCCAACCUGAGCCGCGUCGUCCCUCAUGGUCUCUUGGUGUUUUUCCCCUCCUUCUUCUUAAUGGAAAAAAACCUGGAGUUCUGGAGAGCUAACGGACAUGCAGAUCGCAUUGAGAAAAUAAAGCCGAUGUUUGUUGAACCCAAAGGAAAGAGCAACUUUACUGAGGUGAUUGAUGGUUACUACAACAAAGUCAAUGAUCCAGCAUCCAGAGGAGGAAGUUUCUUUGCUGUCUGUCGAGGGAAGGCUAGUGAGGGUCUGGAUUUUGCAAACACCUUUGGUCGUGGUGUUAUCAUCACCGGCCUUCCCUUCCCCCCGAAGAUGGACCCUCGAGUCAUCUUGAAAAUGCAGUUCUUGGAUGAGAUGAACCGGAAGAAACCUCCUGGUGUAAAGUACCUGUCGGGGCAGGAGUGGUACAGGCAGCAGGCUUUCAGAGCGGUGAAUCAGGCCAUCGGCAGAGUCAUUCGCCACAAAGACGACUAUGGAGCCAUCUUCCUGUGUGAUCAGAGGUUUAAAAGUACAGAUGCUCGAGCUAAUCUGCCGUCGUGGGUCAGGCCUUACGUUCGUGUGUAUGACAACUUUGGGAACAUCGUCCGAGACGUCUCUCAGUUCUUCAGGGUCGCACAGAAAAUGAGACCCGUCGUAGAGAAGAAGGCGGCCUCAGAGAGCUGUGGAGCCGCAUGUUUACCAGACACUCAGUCCUCUGGCUUCACGUCCUGCUCCUCCUACCAAAGCUCCCAGACCCAGAAGGCCAAGGCGCUGGACGCCCACACUCCCAGUCUGAAGAGGAGGAGACUCAACGACCACACUGGAGCUCCGGGGAUGAGCAAGAUCUGUAUAGAGUACGAGUGUGAGGUUCAGGAGAGUCACAGGAGACCAGCCAACCUGCUGGACGCCCUGGAGCAGGGUGACCAUCGCUGUGGAGACGAAGAUGAUGCUGCUGUGGGAGAGGAGAAGGCCGACCGUUUGUCGACGAUGUCUCUUCAAUAUGACAAGAAGGUGGAUGAUGAACUGAGAGGAGGAAAACGUAAAAUCAAACUGGUCCAAGAACAGAGAACGACUGCAUCACAGGUUUUGUCUGAGGAAAAUAAAGCCAGCAAGGCAAAGACGUUCCUGGCAGAGAUGAAGAAGUCACUGAGCCAGGUCAACUUUGAGCGAGUUGUCCAGGCCCUGCAGACCUACAAGAAGACUGACAACCUGGACCUCCUGCUGACGGAGACAGCGGUCCUGACUGAAGACUCUAAUACUCACAGUCUGCUCUGGGGCUUCUACCAGUUUGUACGACCGCACCACAAGAAAAGGUUUGAUGAGAAAUGUCAGGAGCUGACUGGACGCGGCUGUGGAUACAAACCAGAUCACUCGCUGUCCAAGGACGAGAAGAAAGCCCUGAUGCUGCACAGCGCAACAGAUGGAAAACCCAAAGUGGUUCUAACAUCUACUGGAACAUCUGGCUGCAGUCAGCUGAAUACACAGCAGCUCAAUCAAGGAGGACACCACCUGAACCAUCAAGGUCUAAGAGAAACUCAGACUGGUUCUGCUCCAAAGACUGAAGUCCACGGUGUCUUUCUGGCUGACGUGAAAAAAGCUCUCAAAGCAGAAAAAUCAGCUCAGCUCUUUCAGGCCAUUCGUAGCUAUAAGAUGACGGACAACUAUGAAAACCUGGUGACCACAGUGGUGAGCUUGUUCACAGAGAAAGACGAGGACUUCAACCUUCUCGUCAGGUUUGGCAUGUUCAUUCGUCCUCAUCAUAAGAAGCAGUACAAAGAGAUGUUGGCUGCUCUGGGAGGUCAGCCAGCUGAAGUUCUUGCUGUGAGUGAAGACCAGCAAACAAACGCUUCAUCAUCACCUUCUCUGAAGACACAAAGCAAGAUUUCCAGUUUUUUCUCAAGCAGCCAGAGAAAGUAGGAUCUGAGUUACAGGAACGUUGUGUGUAUGUUUCCGUUCAAACAGCUCGUAAACUUGCUGCUAACAAACCCUGAACUGUGCGGGCUCUGCUCUGGUGCAGUAACCUGGUAACUCUAAAUAAAGCCGGAUCUGUAUUUAACUACUGUCAUGGAAACUGGUCAAAUGUAAUAUUGAAUUAAAAUGUUUUUAUAUUUUUAAGCUAAUUAAAUUCAUAAAACCUA